AUGGCACCACUGGGCAUUUCUGGCAUCAUGCCAAACUUCAAGAAUCCGGAUUAUUUCACGCGCUCACAUGCUGGAUACUUCUGCUGCACUCUCUGCCCUGCCAAUCCCGAAGGGGAGACACCCUCUUUCAAAACAACCCGCGAUGCUCUCGCUCAUGAGGAAAAUUCACAACAUGUUUUCUUUGUCCAGAUGGACGACACUUGGAACAUGAAGCCGCACGAUUGGCCGUCGGAACCCGUGGAUACGUCGUGGAUGGAUCCUGAGCAGGUCAAGGACGUUGAGCAUCGCCAGCGGGUUCAGGAGAUCCCCCAAUUCGUUGGCGCGUGGCGAUCGGGCUGCGCGGAGUUUGUCAGAGACGGCACUAUGCUCCCAGUAGAGGCGCCGCCAAAUCCUUACAGAGUUAAACGAAUGAAAAAGGCGUCAAAGAAAUUUGCAUGGACGCAGCCCACUCUUGCGGACUCCAAGAAUGCAGAGGAUGCAGAAGCCUCGUCUUCUAGUUCGGAUAUAGAUCAUAUGGCCGUUCGUGCCCGCGCCAUGGCUAAAGCGAAAGCUAUUCGGGAAAAAGAGCGAGCGGCACAAGCGCUUGCUGACCAUGCGAAGGACUUAUCCCAAGGUGACGUAGGCGCGAAUUCGCCGCUGGCGUCAUGUUUCGCGCGGCAUUCCUAUGUGCCUGCACCGUUGCCAAAGACUUUCUCGCCUGUACCCCUUACAUCGGAUAUGCAAACUUGGAUGAGGAAAUUUGCCAUAGAUCAACGUUUCUCACCACUCCAAAUGAAACAAAUGCGCGAAUUCCUCCAGCUGCCCAUCGAAGCAAAAAUCAGUGUAAUACAGGAAUCUGUAUACCAGGUCCAUGCACUAUUAUUCGCAUAUGGAGAGCAACACAGACCACAUCAAUUUUGA